UAUGCCCUUUGUUCCUCACAGUCUCUUCUUCUUCCUCUUCUUCGUCUUCGUCUGUCAUCACCACCUUCGGCGGCGGCGGCGGCGGCGGCGGCGGCUCUGUAAGUCGGUCUCCGUCCAUUCCUUCUCCCCGAUCGUCGGCGGCGGCGGCGGCCCUCGCGAUUAUCGCUUCGAGGCAAUCGCACGGAUCAUGGAGGAUAUGAAUAUGGACGUUCAUCAAGCAGCUGAGGCGCCCGAUACACCCGAUAGAUUGGACGCGCAGUGUGGUAGGAAUGGAAUUGAGGCGAAAUUUGACUCGCCAGCGCCUGGUUCCUCGAGGUGUUCCGGGUCUUUAGAUAUGAAAUCCCCGAAUCGGGUUGGGAGCGGCGGGCGAGCAGCGAAUGGGAUCGGGCGGGACCCGAGAUUGCAGAUGCGCCCUCCGAAAAGGAUUGUGAAUGCCAUUGAAUUCGGUCGCCGGGGCGACUCCGUUGGUGACUCGUCGGCGGAUAAUUCGAGUGCUUCGAAGCACCACUUGUUCAGGAGAGCAGCUGGAAAGGGGCACAUUAAACCUGACUCCAGACAUUCUUCUGGCGCUGAGAAUAUGGAGAGAGGGAAGGCUGCUUCUAUCGGAGUUCCUAGGUCGUUUGCUUCCACAGAAAAAGGCGCUGCUUUGAAUGUGAUUCGAGGCAAUGGGCACAACGGAUUUGUGAAAAUGGAUGCGCCGCUUGGUGAUUCAGAAGGUUUUCUAGCUGAUGGUUUUAGAAGAGUAGAAAUAAAAACUGAUCAUGAACGUUCGUACCCUUGUUCUGAUUCUUUUCAGACAUCGAACAGGUUCAGUAAGGGCAAAGAGAAGCUAGAUGAAAGUGCAUGCAAAUAUGCUGGUUCAGAUAUGUUUGGUGAGAAAUCAUUUGAUGUGCCAAGUGAUUUGCAUGAAAAAUCUUCAAAUUGCGUAUCUCAGUCUCCUAAAAGUGUUUCUUUUCUGAGACAUAUUGGGCAGAAAAGGUUGGUCAGAAAUGGUUGUAUCUCUCCACUUAAUAUAGCAACAAGGGAAAAAGAAUUAGCUGAAAAAAAGAGCAGUAAUGCUGAGGAUAGUACUCCUGAUAGAAAUAAAGGAAAAGGGAUAUUGAUGCAUCCUUGUACAUCAGAGAAGCAAGAGGCAAAACUUUCAGAUAUCUCGACCAGGAGACCUAUUAUUCGUGGGGAGGAUAAGGGAACAAAUGACACCACUGUUAAUUUGGAUGAACAAUGUGAGAGAUUUGGUGGAUGGAGAACUACACAUGCCCAUACUAAGAAAGCACGCCAUGGCUCUGAAGCUGACGUUUUGCUUUCUGGGGGAACUGAUAGUGCUGGAAACUUAUUCCAGAACCGUGAUAAUAUGAUGGGGAAAAGAACAAGCAGCUAUCCUCAUAACAGCAGUAGUUGUGGCAAUUUUGCAAACAAGAAUUCUGAUAUUGUUUCUGAGGUAGGCCAAACACAUGGAUGGCCAAGUUCUACAAGAAGUUCCACUAGAAGGCAAAACAAGAGGGAAGUAUCUUUUGGGAAUGGCAAUUCUUGCAACAGAUUAGUUUCCAAUAACUCAGAAAUUAUCAACCUGGUCUCUCCCGGGGAUUCUAGAAAUCCAUCAUCUGCUAGACAACAUAGGCGUCAAUAUCAAGGAGCUUCUUCUUCAGUUAUUGAAAUUGAUGACACUUCACCUGGAAUGAGUCAAUCUGGUGGUACUAUUCUAGAUACUCUCAACAGUUUUGAGUCAGAUUCUAGGGCGAGACAACUGGAAGCAGACGAGAUGCUGGCUCGUGAACUUCAAGAACAACUGUAUAAUGAUUCACCGAUGCUUGGAAAUGAGGAGAUGGAUGAAUACCUGGCUAGAUUACUACAGCAGGAGGGGAAUGUAGGUGGAAAUUCAUCUACUUCUGUUAGAAGUCGUCGUCGAACUGGUCAUGGAAAUUCAAUCCAAACACGUUCACGAAGGCAACCCCUGCCACGGUCUUUUCAAAACCUUUCAAAUAGGAGAGGUACCGAGACACGAGUUCCUGUGCGUGCAAGACUUCAGCAGUCUAGGAGGCCCAUUUCUAGAUCGCCCUCUUCAUUUAUAUCUGGGGAGAGGUCUCUUCAUUUUCCAUUAAAUAUGGAUCUCGACAUGAGGAUGGAUAUGUUGGAAGCACUGGAAGCUGCAUUGGGAGACGUCAGUGACAUAGGAUUAUCCAGUAGCAUUUUUCAAACUCAGCGUGAUUUUAAUGAAUAUGACUAUGAAAUGCUGCUGGCACUUGAUGAGAACAACCGUAAUGUUGGCACCUCUGAUAAUCAGAUUAAUAGUUUGCCGGAGUCAAAAGUGCAGACCGAUGUCUUUGAAGAAGCCUGCGCAAUAUGUCUGGACACCCCCACAAUUGGGGAUACAAUACGGCACCUUCCUUGCUUGCACAAAUUUCAUAAAGAUUGUAUUGAUCCCUGGCUCCGCAGAAGUACGUCUUGCCCUGUCUGUAAGUCGUCGAUAACGUGAUUUGCAGUGGAACUGUAGAAGGCAGUAAUUAUAGUGCGGCUGGUUAUGCAAAACUAAAGCGUACUCUAUUUGAUGGUUGAUCUAAUUGAAGCACACCCAGUUCUUAUGGUACAUUUUCUUGCGAAUUGGCUUCCCAUGGAUUUCCUAUUCGGGAGUCUGGAUAAAUGGCUCUUCGAAUUGGGUUGUAUUGGUGACCUAGCUGACCAAGUAAUUGUGGGUUUGUAUCAAAAUGAAGCUUGCUGUUGUACUACUGUGGUGCUGGCAUCUUUUUGUGGCCAUGUGGCUAAGGUAUCUAUUUUGUGUAUGAGCAGCCUUUUUUCUGGGUGAACCUUUAGGGGCAGGGAUGUGUAAUCAAAUCAAAAUUAAUUAGACGGUGCAUUGGUGGAGCUGCAUUGAGAUUGUUACUGUGCUAUGAUAUGAGCAAGAAGAAAUUUUCAAUUUA